CGCGGCCAGGUUGUCAGUUGAUUAGCUGGAUGUAUUGAGCAGCAGUGCGAGCCGAUUUACCUCCUGUUUUUGGUGAUUUACCGUGGAGGACAUGAUAAAGAUGUGGCCAGUCAGAAGAAGGAACCCCGUCUGGCAAGUUAAAACCAGCAGGUAGUAGGUUCACCUGAAGGAGGAACGACUUCACACACAUCCGCCACCUAGGUGAUAUACCUCCUCCAUAAUGAAGCUCCCCAAACUGGCCUUCAUCUUUCUCCUGCUGGGCUGCGUGGUGGUCUACCUCACUUACGUCAAACGGCGUUUCGACAGCAGGGCAUCGCCGUUGUCUAAGCAGCAUCUGCAGUAUACAACCAAGGUGGACCAGCAUAAACGGCCAACGUCGGCAGAGGUGAUCAGUGACAAUUUCCAGUAUGGGAUCAUGUUUGAUGCUGGAAGUACUGGGACCAGAAUCCACGUCUUCCAGUUUCAGAUGGAGCCGAAUGAGGCUCCUAAAUUAGCGCACGAGACGUUUAAAGCAAUAAAACCUGGACUUUCUGCAUAUGCCGAUGAUCCAGACAAGUGCAAAGCAGGGCUGUUACAGCUGUUGGAGGUGGCAAAGGAAGUCGUACCUGCUGGUCUUUGGGCCUCCACCCCUCUGGCCCUCCGAGCGACCGCAGGACUCCGACUGCUGCCAGGGGAGAAAGCGUCCCACCUACUGGACAAGGUGAAGGCAGUGUUUGGUGAAUCUCCAUUUCGCAAUGGGCCAGAAAGUGUGUCAAUCAUGGAUGGUACAGAUGAAGGGGUCUCUGCUUGGAUCACUGUCAACUUCUUAUUGGGUGGUCUUCAUGGAUCCGAAACUCCAACAGUCGGAAUGUUGGAUUUGGGAGGAGGCUCGACCCAGAUCACUUUCUCACCGCAAGACGAGAAAACCAUCCAGACGUCACCAAUCGAUUACGUGACAUCGUUUCGGAUGUUCAACACUAGCCACUCCCUCUACUCACACAGCUACCUGGGUCUGGGUUUGAUGUCCGCCAGACUUGCAGUGCUGGGAGGGAUUGAGGGACAGCCUGUAGCAAGCAAUCAGGAGCUGGUCAGUCCGUGUUUGGCUCCAGAUCAUGCCAGCGAGUGGGAGCAUGCGGAGGUCGUCUACAAGCUGAAGGGCCAAAAAGCAGGAGAGCCUAUUUACGAUUCGUGCCUGAGUAAAGUGGAGAAGAUGAUCUAUAAACGAGUGCGGAAAGCCGAGGAGGUGAAAGACAUGGAGUUCUAUGCCUUCUCCUACUAUUACGACCGCGCUGUGGACCUGGGCCUCAUCGAUGAGAAGACUGGAGGCUCCAUCAAAGUGAGCAACUACAUUGAAGGUGCCAAAACAGCCUGUAAGAACAUGGAGGCCGGUGCUGGGGACAAUCCUUUUCUCUGUUUAGACCUCACCUACAUCUCCGUGCUGCUGCAGGAGCUGGGUUUCCCUCAGGAUAAAGAGUUUAAGCUGGCCAGAAAAAUCAACGAUGUGGAGACGAGCUGGGCUUUGGGAGCCACAUUCUACUACAUGGAGUCUCUCCGUGCACAUUAACCAGUCAGGAAGCCCAGCAUGGUGCCAGUGACCGACUGCUGCCUUUAGCCUCGGAAGAACUAACCCAUUUCUGGAUUAGACGGUUCUGUAAUACAGUGUCAAUGCAGAGUUGUUGUUCUCUGAUGUGUUAAGAGGGUUGGACAAUAGGAAUCGAAGCACUUGCCUGUGGCCAGAUUCACAAAAGUAUCAUAAAGCGAAAGUUCACCAAGUCCUCAAAAUUUCUGGACAAUGUCUGUUGUUGAGAUGUCAAAGUUAUUCACAGCGGUUUGGUGUGAAAUGGCUCAUUCUAGAGAAACUCGAAUUUCUUUACAGUGGUGGUGAUAGGAACUCAAAUAUAGCCAGUAUAUUCACUGACGAAAGCCUCCAGUAAACCUACACAGGUCUUCUGAGUUUUUAUAUGUAGUGAUGAUGAUGAAAAAUAUAAAUAUAAAUAGCGACUGUUUGUCUUAAAUUGCCUGUGUGUACGUCUCUGCCAUGAAUGUAUUUUUAAAUAUGUAUGGUUUAGUCUCAGGCAGAAUAUUCAUAACUAUUUCAUGUUAUGUCUUCCUGCACGGGAGCUUUAAACUUUUCAGACGUCUGGUUCCAUUCACCACCACCAGAAUUGUGAACAAUUCUACCUCUUAAGGGUCUCUAGAAGGAAGCAUUUCACAUCAAACCAGUCUGAAUGACUUUGCUUAUACUUUAAACAUUCUAACAUAAAAAUGUAUUUUUAAAAAGUCUUUUUUAAAUGUUUGUUUUUUCUUCAAAUCUUCCAUUUUAACAGGGUUUAUUCCUGAAGGGGAUGUUCUUGUAUUUUUUUUUAACCUUGUGAUAGCCCCAUACUUGUCUUGGACUGAAAAGUUGACAAACCUGAAGAGACAAUGAGGUUAAAACCUCCUUAUAUUUGUCAGCUUCGAGGUCGAGGACUGUGUUUUAAGAGAAAAAUUCCUAGGAAGCUCUCUGUGUUUGUCUGACAGUCCUGAGUGUUUUUUGGAAAGCUUUUGUGAAUCUGGCCCAGGAGCUCUUAUUCAUCAAGCAGCUGAGAACGAGCGCUGAGGUAAGAUCAGCUCUUUUUCUUUCUUUGUAUGCUCAUAGUAGUUCAGUCAUGAUCCUAGGCCAGCACUCUUUCUCUAUGAAGAUACUAGAAUUCAGUGCUGUUUUAAAGGGAUUGACUGAAGCAAGUAACGUUCAUGCAACAAGCGCUGAAAGAAAGCUAGUCUUGCUAGUUAGCAUGAUGCUAAGUAGCCGCAUUAGCCUUGUUUCAUUAUUUGCUGCUAUAGCAUUGUAUUGGAGUUGGAAAAGGCCAGUAUAAAGUCUUGUGAAGGCCAGAAGAAAGGAAGAAGCAUCGGAACACUGAUGCACACAUUGUGCCUGACUGUUGGGAGGAAGCUAAUAAGCGGUGCCAAGCACACAAACUGCAAACAUAUACAAAAGGUACAUGAGUGUUACACAUAGGACCUGUUCACAACAUAUACACUUACACUCAAAGGGAAAUUCCAUCGACUUUUCCAAAUUUCUGUGUAAUUCAGUGGUUGAGUUUGAUAUGAAAUGGUGCAUUGUAGAGAAGUAGAUUCCUUAACUGUGGUGAUAGGAGAACCAGGGUAUCACACAAUAUAGCCUUUUAAUUCAUAUCCCAAACCAUCAGUGAAUCUACACGUGUCUUCUGAGCUUUUAUGUGAAAUAUUGAUGAUAAAAUAUUUGAAAAACUGAAAAAUACAUUUUCUUUGCCCUCAAAACACCCUGCACAUACCCCUCUACCAGGAAUGACUUUAAAAAUGUUUUAGGCCCAAGAUAUUGUAAAACAAUAUCUCAAAACCCUUUCAUGUGAUAGCAUUCUAUGGAGGAGCUUUUAAAGGCAUUAAGCCCCAGAUGUGUGGUUCCUAUCACCACCACUGUAAAGACUUCUGAGCAAGACCGUUUCACUCAAACCACUCUGAAUGACGCUGUUUACAUUCGUAAUCGUUCAGUUCUUCAGAAUUCUGAAAAAUUGGUGUAAUUGCCCUUUAACUCUGGACUACUACAUACACAAACACGUCUUUAUGUCACUCCAUGAGCCAGUGCUGUUUUGAACUACUGGUUAUUUCUGCUCUGGGAAAAAAAAAUGUCUGUCUUGAUUGUAAUUGUCAUGUUUGACUUCAUGCAGAAUGUGAGUUUCUACAUACCUCUUUCCCUCUGAAUGUCUCUGGUUUUAAACGAGCGCUUGGUUUUGUUUAUCUGAAGGAUGGAAUGUGCUGAUUGGGUUAACGGUAAGAGUUGAUGUGUUUGUAUUUGAUGAAGCAUGCCAUACUUUACUGUUGGUGUUAUUUUUGGAUCAUAAAACUGAAAUAUUGGGUACA